AUGACCGCCCCCGCCCUUGCCAGCACCAUCACCCUCCCCAACAACCGCCCCAUCCCGCGCAUCCACCUCGGCGUCUACCAGACCUCCGGCACCUCCUGCACCGCCGCCGUCACGCACGCCCUCACCGCCGGCUACCGCGCCAUCGACUCGGCCGCCUGGUACUACAACGAGCGCGAGGUCGGCACGGCCAUUACUACCCAUCCUGACGUCGCCCGCGAAGACGUCUUCUUCACAACGAAGCUGCAGAACAACGAGUCGUUUGCCGCCACAAAGCGUGCGGUGGAUGAGUCGUUGAGGAAGAGUGGGCUUGGGUGGAUUGAUUUGUAUUUAAUGCAUAGCCCGUAUGGCGGCAGGGAGAAGAGGAGUGAGUGUUGGAGGGCUGUGGUGGAGUGUGUGAGGGAGGGGAAGGUCAGGAGUGCGGGGGUCAGUAAUUUUGGGAUUAGGCAUUUGCAGCAGCUUCUGGAGGACUGUCCGGACGAUAAGCCCAUGGUGAACCAAGUCGAAGUGCACCCCUUCAACACCCAAACCGCAAUCGUGGAGUUCUGCGAGCAAAACAACAUCCAGAUCCAAGCCUACGCGCCGCUCGCGCGGGCGAUGCGCUUCCGCAACCCAACGAUUCAGGCGCUGGCGCGCAAGUACGGGUGCACGCCUGCGCAGCUGAUGGUGCGGUGGAGCCUGCAGAAGGGAUAUGUGACGCUGCCGAAGAGCACUAAGAGGGAGCGCAUUAUUGAGAAUGCGGACGUGGACGGGUUUGUGAUUGAGGAGGAGGAUGUGGCGAGGAUGGAUGCGCUGGAUGAGGGGUUGGUUACUGAUUGGGACCCAACGGAUUGUGAUUAG